AAGCUCAAGCUCAAGCUCUAGCUUCACAGCUCAUGUCCGUGCACAUUCAGUCCCAGUCCAAAUUUCUGUGAAAAUAGUGAUCCCUCGUUGCAAUUGAGAUUAGUCUCAUCCGCAAUGUGAUGGGGGUAUGGGGGUGGUUGAAACUGUCCGCAUCUGGAGGUCUCCGUCCCGCUGCCUCUUCAUCGCUCGGAGGCUGCCGAUGCGGGGACUCAUUGCAGCAGCAUAUAUCCAACUACCCCCCACUUUAACCAUCACCGCUGCUUUUUCAAACAAACGGAAAUUGAUCAAUUUACUUUUACUCGAAAACAUCAGCUUCAGCUCAUAGUCCUCGUCAAUUAAUCUCCUCCCCUCCCCACCAUCAUGUCCUCCGAUCUCCCCGCUCCGUCGUCCAUUACAUCACUCCCGCAGGAGCAGCAAUUCCGCGUCCUGGAUACCCUGUUCGAGUCGUCGCCGGAGCUGCACACCCUCAUGGCUCCCGUUCUCGCAAACCAGACAUUUUCAUCCUAUGCCACUCUGAUUGAUGCGGUUGGCGGUCGCAUGUCUGCCCUGUCUGCUGCCAACUCGUCGAAAGAUCGCGAUAUCCUGGUGGGAAUUCUGGGAUCGCAUCCCCGCCUGGGACAGCCCAAGGGAGCCCCGACGGAGCACCUGAGUGAACUGAGCAAGAAGGAACAAGCAAACCUGAACACGGGAGCAGAGGAACAAGCGGAGAAGCUGAAGCGUAUGAAUGCGGAAUAUGAGGAGAAGUUCCCUGGCUUGCGAUUUGUUACUUUUGUCAACGGCCGCAACAGGGAUGUCAUCAUGAAAGAGAUGCGGGCACGGAUCGACCGGGGUGACGCCGAUCGCGAAGUGGAGGAGAUCAUACAGGCAAUGUGCGAUAUUGCAAAGGACCGGGCGCGGAAAUUGGAGCAGUCUGCUAAGAUAUAGUCCACUCAUGCGAGCAUAUCAAAUAACAACAAUGAAUACCCUUGGACUUCGGCAGACGCCGAUAUAUCUCCUUGCCAAAGCCGCUGCUUUGCAAAGUACAAUAUCCAUCUAAAUGAUUCCUCAGCGGAGCUCUCUAUCUCCGACGGGAGACAAUGGCGGUAAUCUGCAUGGCAAUUGGUGAUUCCGUUAGUAUAAAGGUGGCUGACUAGUGCCGGCGACUUAUGGGAAG